AUGUUUACUGCCCAUUCGGACUCUGCUUUUGCAGCUACAAGAGACUUACCGCUAUCCCGCUAUAUUGGAGCUCUCCUACAGCAUGUGAACUCUGGAUUGUUCCUGCAAUCAAAGGAGGAUGGAGUGAGGCCUGGUGUGGGUUCUGGACUGGAAAGGCGACCGCAAUCUCUCCUUGCCGGAUACUGGACUACUGCUAAAUCCUACUAUAGCCCUGUCUUCUCCCCCCCCCUCUAGGCUGGUGGGGGGGAUUAUGGUCCAAACUCCACAGGCUCCACUACUACGCUAUGACCAAGUGACACUUAUAAGCAGUACAGACCCUACCACUGCAAUGGUGGUGGCCCCAUGUUCACCUGACCUAUGCAAGGGGAGAUGGGAUGUGGAGAGCAGGCUGACGGAGCUAUUUGACUCCUUCUUUGCGAAGCUGACCGCUCGCAUGCGGACCACGGCUCUAGAUCCCAAGUCAGACCUCGUGUUUCACAGUCCUGUACAUCCGGACGAGCCGGGGGAAGUGAAAUUCACUCCUGAUCAGACCUAUCCAGUACACCAGCGCCCAGAGAGACACAUCUUGGCGGUUACCGAGAACAACCCCCCCGGGUAUGGGGGGCACCCUGAUGCUGCACUUACAGCUUAUUGGAUGGAUGGAAUGGAUCAGCUGCUGCCUUACGGCUCAUGUCUCCAAGUCAUGCUGUUUCUCAUACUUACCCAUGAGCUAUCAUGCCUGAUGAGGCAGAUUCUGAUGCGGGACUCUACCUGGCCCUUACAAGGCAUAGGCUGA